AUGUCGGACAAGCGUCGCUCCGUGGCGGCGGAGGAUGGGCUCCUGCUGCUGCAGAGCCAAGCGCUGGCCGAGGAGGAGGAGGCCAAGACGAAGGGGGAGAUGCUCGCCCGGUUCCUGAAGGACAAGCUGGCCAAGGAGGAGCGCAGCAGCACCCUGAACCUCCACAAGCUCAGGACGCAGUGGCGGACGGUGUUGCGGGAGGUCAAGGAUAAGGAGCUGCGCCAGGACAUCGAGAUCCUCAGCCAGACCUUUGCGCGGGUGAUGGACUGCAAGGACAGCGUCAUCGAGUCCCUGGCCACAGACCUGGAGGAGGCGGAGGAGCAACACGCCCAGGCCCUGCGCAGCCACCUGUACAACAUCGACCGCCUGCUGCAGCUCCAGCACUGCCGCCUGACGUGCCUGGAGGAGGGGUAUGGCGCCCAGCUGGAGGCCCUGAAGAUGGAGUUAGAGGCUGAGAGGUACGGGAGCUGGGGAACCCCUACCCUCCUUCCUGCCUCUCUUGCCCAGGCCAUGCGGGACUACGUGGGGCUGGAGCGCUUCUGGCAGCGGUUCAACAAGGUGAAGCUGGAAGAGCAGGCGCUGGAGCGGGAGCGGGCAACCCUGAGCCAGAGGAACCGGCACCUGCGGGAGCUGCUCAGGCAGUACCUGGCAGGGAUCUCCGUCAGCCAGGAGGUGCUCGGCGAGCCCAAUGCGCUCCUCACCGUCGAGCGCAAGAGCUGCGUCCCCACGGACUUGCCCCGCGCUGAGGGGGGCCGUGCACAAGGCCAUCAGGGCACCAAACACCCCGACAGCCUCUUGGAAGGGGACGCCUGCCCAGACCCCAUCCACGGCUCCGCAGGCACCAGCUGAGAAUCCCCUCCUUGCAGAUGAGGGCACCCUGCCUGGCGCUUGGGGACACCACAGGGACCGUGACUGCCCAGAGGUGCAUAAAAGAGCUAAAA